CGAGCGGCACGGGGCUGAAGAGUAGCCCCAGUUUUCGACAUUUGGAGUUGGGGAUUCGUGAUGCAGAAUAGCGACUUGCAGGAGCGAUGGAGCAAGAGCUGCGGAUGUUGCUGAAGUCUCCUGGGAAUGGCUCUUGUGCGGAUUGCGGUGGGAGGUACCCGCGCUUCGCGUCCAUCAACUUGGCCGUCUUCCUGUGCAAUCGCUGCUAUGGCAUACAUCGGUCCAUGGGAACGCACAUCACGCGUACCAAGACUGUGGGUUUGGAUCGCUGGAGCUCGGAGGAAGUGCACCGAAUGAGGUCCAUAGGGAACACUGUCGCGAAUUCGUAUUGGGAAGAGAACGCUCCUCCUAUAUUUCAGCGUCCAAAUGCUGACUCUCCAGAUUUUGAAGUAGAGAAAUAUAUCCGCGACAAAUACGAGAGGAAGCUCUUUUGUUCUCCGGACAAAGAACCGCCUUCCAUCCCCCCGCAGGUGGCUGAGCCUGUUAACCUCGUCGCCUCCAAUAAAAUCCCAAGUCCACAAGUGAAACUUCUACCACGAGGAGCUAUACGGUGCGGGCCGAAUUGUUUGUCUCCAUCGAAUGAAUCCAGCAGUAGUGGAGCUCGCACCACCACACCAGACGACUUUCGCCCCAAACCGAGCUGUCCUGGAUCCAGCCUGUAUAGGACGAGUGGCUCGGCUGAAACUUUGCCAGACCUUCUGAACUCGCAAUCUAGUAUUGGUCUUGCUUUUGCAAUCACAGAUGGGAAACAGCAACCUGGAUCUGUUGAUGAUGACGAUGAAGAGUUUGGAGACUUCGUUCAGGGGUAGUCUUCAACAGCUGUGUGCUUCGGCUCAGUGGCAUUAGUUGUUUUUGUAUUCAACCAAGCUGGAGCUUGCUAGUCAUGGAUUUGAAGGAGAAGCGACGUUCGAAGUUAGAUUUCUACAACUAUGUGUUCAAUUAAUUGAACGUAGGACAUGUUUAGGUCGAUCAACGAAUCAUAAGCUGCAGGUUGUGUCUCGUCGGGCUCCGUCUGGUUGGUUGUGGUCGUUUAUUACGCAGCUGGCUUGGCUCAGUUGGUGGAUUGCGUGAGGAGGACCAAGUGCUUUCGCAGAGUGCAUGGCAACGUAGAGAUGGAGUCAGGCGCAUGUCUUUCUUUACUUACUGGAGCGUUGCUCGGAGGAACGGCACACGAAACAAUCGGUAAUCACUCGCUAAUUCUUCCAAUUCCUUGGUGCUGAGCAUCCUGGACUUUGCUUCUCCCCUUGUUUUGUUUGCUCACUGCUUCAUUGCUUCUUUGAGUCUGGUCUUUCUCAAUCGUAUUUGGAUUGUUUUGUUGUGGGCUGUCCUUCGUUACUAUUCUCCUCAUCCAUUGAAAUUGAAAUCAUCUAGACCUGUGUCUUUAGUGAUCUGUUUACCCAUUGUUUGAUUAGCGUUUUGUUCUGUAAGUCCGUGAAUUCUUUUAGGUUAGAAUUGAAAAUCGCACUUUGUGAAUGGAUUUCUAUACUUAGUGUGCUGGUGUGCAACGUUGGCAUAAAAUGUGCAAUAGUUUACGUGGAACAAAAGGUGUUACUGUGAGGUACCUAGAUAACUUUGAGCGUAAAGGUGAACGUUUGUUGUCAUACAGUUGUAUUUUAUUAAUACUUAUGUACUAUUCAAGAUUGAUUUUAUAUAAAGUAGAUCUAUUGCGAAUAAUCCCAA